CUCCAUUUCCUUUUCCACUUGUUCCAAUACAACUCCCGCUGGAGACGAAUACUUAAUGGCUGCGACAAAGUUUGAACUCUUCCCGAAACUCCCGGGUGAGCUUCGCAACGAAAUAUGGGUCGCAGCUCUGCCUCAACCCCGCCUCGUGAGAAUCGAGGAGCAAAUCACUGAAGAAUUUGAGGAUGCCAAUUAUGACGAUGUCAUCCAGGUUGCAGAGAAGAGAUUAGCGGCGUUGGGCAAGAGUGCCUUUCACGAUCCUCCCAAGUCAUGUGCUAUCAUUCUUUCCGAGAUCUUGGGUUGCGAAUAUGAGCAAUUGCACCAACGCUUUCGACACAUCUGGAACAACAUGUCUCCGUACUCCUGGAGAUUUAUGAGGGCUCAGACGCAACUUGAAGACCAUGGAUUCCGUACCAAUAGAGUUCAACCAAGUUUGCCGCCUCUCUUUCUUCUAGAAGCAGGUGUCAAGGAAGCUAUAUUCCUCGCAACUCGCAGCAGUCGUUUGUGGAGUCAAUGUCCUAUCCCCGCUCUGCUCCAUACCUGUCGAGAAUCUCGCCAUGCUAUGGAAUUAUGUGGUUAUCAACUGGCAUUUGCAGCCAAGAAUUCCGAGCCACAAAUCUGGUUCAACUUCAAGCAUGAUGUACUCUAUCUCACGAGCGCUAGGUGGGAGAAUGGCAUAGAUGACGAGUACUUUGUCAAUGGUCCUUGGAACCUUCACCAAAUCUCAUCGACAGAUCUCGGUCGGGUUGAGAAAGCGGCUUUGGAGGAAGCCUGGGAACCAAACAUAGAUGACUUUCUGGAGGCUAUGUUUCUCUUUGGGAACCUCAAAGAACUGCUCUGGGUUACAUGUCAUGUAGUUGUCAGUUAUGAGUUGGAUAAAGAUAAAAAACGUUUGCGCCUAGAUGAUUGGGGGCACCAAGAGACUGAAGCAGAUCUUUGGGGCUAUCUUGAGUGUGAGAACAUAGACUUCAUCGAAGAUGAUGUUCUAGGGGAUAUGCGAGGUGGGAUGUGGGGUCACUACGCAUCGAUGCUACGCGCCUGGCGAAAACAAAAUUCAGGAAGCAGUGAAGGAUUCUUGACUUCUAAAAACGCCGAACUGGAAGAACUGCUUCAAGGGGGCAGAGAUAGUGGCUCGAAAACCUGGAAAAUACCAACAAUAAAACAUGCGUAUAUCGUCACAAAAAAUCAAGCAAGGGCCAUACUUGGGCGUCGGUAUUUUUUAGAACAGAAGCUUCAAGAUGCGGAAAGGUUGGAAGAUGAAGAAGGACCGCGACCACAAGAUAGGCUUCCACACAAGACAGCAAAUUACUGGGCACCAUUUGAUGAUGAAAAUGCCGUACUCGAGGAGUGGUACUAUCAAUAUUGGUAUUGACAUGAGUCAUAAGAUGGUCGCUCGAUACAAUUCAUGCUCCUAGAUUUCAAUCCAACGAACUUUGCUAUAUAGUAGCAUUAUCCUACUCUUGCUUGUCGUUCCUAAAUGGGCUCCAUCAAGCAAGACCUUAGACUCUGCUUGACGUGAAGAAAUCGGCUGUCAGAAUCUCCAUUGUAGGGCUGAUAUCCGAGCUCGACUCGGAUGGUAUUUCAUUGCAAUAGUCUUUAGUUCAUCUGAGUUCGUCGAGACUUAGUGGCACGUCAUGUAAGCAAC